AUGGAACAACACGGCGACCUGGCGCUGGUGGCGCGCCUGCCGGAGGACGUGCUCACCGACGUGCUGCGGCGCCUGGCCGCCACGCCGCGCUGGCUCGACAUCUCCCGCUCCGUCUGCAAAGCAUGGCGAGCCAUCAUCGACGGCGAGAGCCUCCUCUGCACACGGCUCCCCUUCACGGGAAUCUUCAUCAGCAUGGCGGUGCUCCCGUUCCCCGAGCUGUUCUCCCGCCCCUCCGCGCCGGGCCGGCCCGCCGUCAGCGGCAAGCUCCACUUCCUGGCCGCGGCCGUCAAGGUCCUCCCCGACGGAGGCUGUGACCGGCGAGGGAACCACUGCAUCAAGGGCCACUGCAACGGGCUACUCUUGCUCAACGACUACGUGGUUAACCCCGCCACGCAGCGCUGGGACCGUCUUCCCGAGCGCCCGCCAAACAAUGCCAAGGGGAUGGUUCGGCAUUCCUGCUGCAACGAGUACCUCUCCUUUGAUCACACCGUGUCGUCCCACUACCAGGUGUUCCGGCUCCCCUAUUUGUUGCAACUCCAUUGGGGAUCUAACAACAAAUAUGAUCCCAUUGAGGAGGCAUCCGAGUGGCCACCAUCUCGAUAUACCUUGCAUGUAUUCUCGUCGAGGACACGCCGCUGGGAACAGAGAUUAUUUGUUCGACAAGGGGAUGCCGUCGGGACCGUUGCUGAGACGCGUGAGUUUUCAAGGCGACUUCUCUCCGUCUACUGGCGAGGAUCACUUUACGUGCAUUGCCAGAAUAAUUUUGUUGUGAGAUUAUCUUUGUCCGAAGACAAAUACAACAUCAUUAAGCUACCAAUGGAUACGGGAAGAGAACCCUAUCUAGGAUUAUCCCAAAAAGGGGUAUACUUAGCAUCAUUUGUUAAUGAUCAUCUUCGGGUUUGCGUCAUGGAUGAAUCGAAUGGUCAUGCGCAGUGGAUACUGAAGCAUGAUUAUGACCUCAAUCCUGUGAAAGCAUUUAACCGCCAAGUAAAUGGACCAUGGAUCUUAGAGGACAUCAACUAUCACUUCGUUCUUUCUCGACUUCCAAAGGUGAACAAGCAAGCGGUGAUUCGAUACCGUCAGAAAAAGAAAGUAGUAGUUCAAGACAAGUUUGAGUGGAACUCCGACGAUGACGAUUUUGAUGAACAUGAAGACAUAGUUGAAGCGCACCAACAUAAAUAUUUUGAUAUGGAGAUACUUGGAUUCCACCCAUAUAAAGAGAUUAUCUUUUUAAGUAGGGCGGAGAGUUUAAAAGUGAAUGCGACGGGAUUUGCAUAUCAUUUGAAUAGCUUCAAACUGGAAAGCUUGGGUAGCAUAUACCCAACAGAUUACGCCAAAUUCGACGUCAUCGGCCUACCCAAUGAAAGUUGUUACAUCGAUUCAUUUCCGUACACACCAAUGUAUUGAAUGGAAGAGAUCCCAAAAACAGUGUAAUGAUAUUUCUCUCACACAUAUG